UAGAUAAUUUCGACAUAUAAUUCAUUUAUUAAAAAAGUUAUUCAAAAAAAAAACCUUCCAUUAGAUGAGUCAGUCAACAAGUGAAACUAAAAUAGCCAUUUCUCCAAAAUCGAAAUAUGCUGUGACAUAUGAAAAUAAUUUAUUUAAAGGAUGGAGCAAUGCGGAGUUUAGUCAUGCCGAAUUAACAAUUGAGCCGCAGAGUACGUUAAUAUUAGAUUUCAAAGUUUCUGAUAAUAAGGUUUUAAUAUACAAGACUCUUUAUGAAGUACGUAUCUAUGAUAUGGAAAACAACGAACAUAUAAUUCUUUAUGAUAGAUAUGAAGAGAAAAAUUACAAAAUUACAAAUUUUCUUACAAAUGGAGAUAUAAUAAUUUACAAGAAUGCCGUUGCUUCAAUUUAUUCUUCUAAUAAUAAUUGGAAAUGUACAUCCAAAUAUAAAUUCGAUGAAAUAAACAUAGAGUUUGGCGGAGUAGCUAAUGAUAGGUUAUGGGUGAUAGUAAAUAAAACUAUACAUAUAUUAGAUUUAAAUAAAUUUCAUUAUCAGAAAAUUCCUCUUGAAAUUGAUGAAAAAGAAAUAAACAUUGAUAAAAUAACGUUAAAAAUUUCUGAAUGUUUAAUUGUUAUUAAUAUUGACGGAAAAUCUUAUAUUUAUUCUAAUGGCACGAAUGUUCCAAUUGUUCCAAUUAGAAAUAAAGAACCUCAAGAUUUUGAUAUUAUUGAUAUUGCUGCGGAUGAUAUUUUUAAUAAGUAUAUUAUUACAAAAUCAAUUGAUACGAAUAAUAAAAUUAAGAAGAUCGACAUUUAUGACAUCUGUUGUUGGAAAUCAAGUUUAAGGAAAUCUAUCGAUUUCGAUAAAUUAUUAGAAUCAAAAAAUAUUGAAUCUAAUCAAUUUAUUUAUAAAGAAGUUAAGAAUAAUAAAAUAUUUGGUUUAUACAGUAAUAAACCGCGGAAUAUUGAUAUUGAUAUGUCUAACAAUAGUCAUUCUAAUAAUUCUGGAAAGGAUCAUGAUUAUAUUUUACAAGAAACUAAUGAUGAUAAUAUAUUUCAUCGUAUUGGAAAACAACUUAUUACACCAAUAGAAGAUAGGGAUCCCUUUAUAAAAGAUUGUGUCAUUCCUCAUUUAAAAAGUUUGAAUAUUUUUCAAAAUGUUGAAGAACAUGAUUAUGAUUUAGAAUUGACUGGGUAUGAUGAAAUAAUUUUAAUAAUUAAAAUAAAUGAAAAUAAAAUAUCAUAUAACACAAAGUUACGCUGGAAAAAAGAGAAUGUUAAGAAUUUUAAGAAUACAUGUGUCUUAUAUAGUAAAGAUGAAUUACAUAUAUAUGCUUUUACGAAAUUGAAAAAGAUUCAAUUGCUAUGUUGUUAUAAUAUCAAAUUUAUUAAAUGUACAAUUAAACUUUACAAUAAUUCUGAACUUAAUUCUUCAGAUAUUGAUAAAAUUACCAAACACACAGAAAAUGAUUACUUAAAAAAGCAAUGGAUUUCUUACUUAUUGAAUCACAAAUAUUUUUUAGUAAAUUAUGGUGAAAGAUUAUUAAAUUCAGCAAUUAAAGAAAAUAAUACAGAGUUAGUAGAAACAAUCAUUAACAAAACUCUAGAGUAUUUGAAAAAAGAUCCCAAUCAUAAUAUUUACAUAUUAUCAAUAAUAAGUAAUAAUAUACCAUACUUAGAUGCUGACUUUUUAUUAAAGUAUUACAAUGAAAUGGUUUUAUUUAUUGAUUCAUCAAAUCAAAAUGUUAUUUAUAAUAAUUUUGACCAUCUUCAUACUUUUUGUAAAAAGUCAAUACAAUUAAAUUUUAUUAGAGAAAUACCAACUAGGCUUGUAUCAUUAAUAAUAGUAUUUUGUGUAUUUUGUGCAAUUGGAUUUUUGAAUCUUUUAGCAGGAAACAUGGACAUUUCCAUUGCCCUAUUUAUUUUAACACCUAUUUUUACUGGAAUUUUUUAUGUCCUUUUCAUGAGAAAUACUUCUAAAGCAAAGCAAAAAGUUAUAUUUGUAGUUCCUUUUCCAAAUUAUUUAACAUACCCAAAAGAUUAUAAUAAGUUUAAAGAAUUUUUUUUUAUACCUAAAUCUAAUCCUUUUUCACAAUCACUAGUAAAUAAUGAUUUUUAUAAAACCUGGAAUGGUGAAGCUAUUAUUAAUUUUAAAUGGAGGGUAUUUGGUAGAUAUUAUUAUGCUGCAAUAUGGUUUUUCUUUAUAAUUUUUUUUAUAUGUUUUACUCUAGCUUCAUCGGUUUCUUCUAAAAUAAUUAGUGAAAAUAAAAAAGAACUUCUUUUAAUUUCAUCAAUUAUUUUGGGAUUAUUACAUCUUUCAUUUGAAAUUCGUCAAUUUAUUUGGAAUCCAGUUAGAUGGAUUUUAUAUCUCUGGAAUUGGAUUGAUUUAGGUGCUUAUUUAUUACCUACAGUAACAUCAUUUUAUUGGAUUUAUACUGGAAAUAAGAAUACCCGUUUACUUUCAAUUUCAUGUCUUUUACUCAAUAUCAAAUUUUUACUUUUCUUUCGAGUAUUUGAACGAUUUGGAAUUUAUUUUGCUAUUAUAGUUGGUGUUGGACGUAAAAUUUUUUCAUUUCUUUUUAUAUUAUUCCUAUUUAUUACUAGUUUUGCACAUGCAUUUUUCAUUUUAGCAAAUACUGGAUUAGAUGAAAUUUUUAAUCCUUGGACUUCUACACCAAAAUAUCAUCGAAUUUUAGAAAAUGGAGAAAUAGAUCGAAAUCCAUUUUUAGUUCAAGAACCUGAUGAUUAUACAAAUUUAUUUUCAAAUUUUCCUAAUUCUAUGUUUUCUAUGUAUUUGUUUUUAUUAGGUGAUAGAAAUUCAUUAACUUCAUGGCCUCUUGAUAAUAAUCCGGUUAUGGCUGUAUUAAUGGGUUUAUUUUCAUUUGUAAUUGUUAUAUAUUUAAUGAAUUUAUUUAUUGGACUUUUAAAUAUGGCCAUUCAAGAAGAUAAUAAUCGAGCAUCUUAUUUAGCACAAAAAGCUGAAAUUUUAAAGGAAAUUGAAUUAUUUUAUUUAUUUUCAAAUCAAAGACGUUGGAGUCAUUGGUUUCCUGAUAUCAUUUAUUAUUAUGCAGAUGUUGACGAAACACGUAAAGCUAUAAAGAAAUUAAUAGAUGAAAAAAAUUGGAAUACUGAAAUGACUGAAAUAAGAAAAAAACUUUUGGAACUUCUUUCUAUAAAAAAUCCUUGACUUUAUAAAAAUCUUAAUAUUAAAUUUUCUGGAUUUUAUUUUUAGUUUAUGAUUAUAAAAUACAGUAAUAUUUUAUAACUAGUAAAUAUCGAUUCUUGCCUCAGAUUGAAAUCGUCAUGUG